ACUCCUCCUCUCCAGUGCCGCUUGUGGGAGCUGCUUUUUCCCGUGGCCGAGACCUAAGCUAACGCUUCGGCGCUCGGGAGGUUCCUCCUGCUUGGUUUUCCCGCUCCCCCGGGUGCUGGAUGCGGCGCUCCGGCGGCGCGUUGCGGGCGGGCGGCCCUGGGGCGCGCUGGCGCUGGCGCUGACGCCGCAGGUGUGCUUGCGGUGGCCGGUGCUCGGCGGCUGGGUGGGAGGAGAGGACGCUGCGGCGGUGCCCAGUCGGCAGCACGGCCGCCCGGUGACGGCGGCUCCGCGGCCCGGCGGGGAGCGGCGCGGAGGCGCUGGCGGCUGCCGCCCGCGGCAUGGAGCGGCCCGGGAAGCCGGCGCCUGGCGUGGCCCGGCUGCGGAUCCCCCGGCCCCGCGUCCUGCUGCAGCCCCUCGAGCCCGCCGGCACCGGGCGCAGUACCAGAAAUUGCCCCUGCAAAAUGAGCCAGAUUCCUCCGAAGAGUCCUUUGGCACCCCCGUUGUCAGAGCGCAUCAGCUCCGGGGUAGAUUCUUUGGACCGCUUGUCAAUGGACAGUUUUUGGCUGGAAGUAGAGAACAUUAAACAGAGCAGUGAAGCCGAGCAAGAGGAAUGCAGCCUUGCAGAUGUCAAAACGCAAGAGGAGGGGGACGCUGAGGCCGAGUGGCUCCAGGAUGCCGGCCUCUCUGACCUCCUCGGGGACCGGGCCUCGGAAAAUGACAACAUCGUGCUGCUCUCCACCCUGACGAAGACCCAGGCCGCGGCUGUGCAGCGAAGGCUGGACACCUACUCCCGGUCUCGGAGGAGGAAGAACAAGCAUCCUGUGCGGGAUGUCCGAGACAUUUUUGGAGUGGUCGGCUCUGGGGAGACAGUGGCAGAGAAGGAGGACUCCAGAUCAGAUCAGCUGUGGCACAAUCUACAGACUGCAAAAGUGCAGAAACCAGAAACCCAGGAUUACUCCUGCACGGUUCGAAACCCUGGGAAAGAGGAAGCAUUCAACAUGGACGUUGCCUACUCGGAGCAGGCAGCUAUUCUGCUCAAAGGAUCGUUCCUGUCUGAAUCUAGGAGGAUAAAGGAUGGAAAUGCCCUAACUAAAUUUAAGAUCCCCAAGGGCAGACUAGGAGUGACCAGGAUUGGAGAUCUAUCUGCUCAGGACAUGAAGAAGAUUCCCACAUUGGCCCUUAUUGAACUAACGGCUCUCUGUGAUGUUAUAGGCUUUGAGCUGAAGAGAAACAAGGCAGUAAAACUGAAAACAACAGAGAAAAGACUCUUUGGAGUUCCACUCAACACUCUGUUGGAAAAUGACCAAAAGCUGCUCCCCAACACCAAGGUCCCUCUGUUACUCCAGGCAUUGCUGUCAUGUCUGGAAAAGAGAGGACUUGAAACUGAGGGCAUUUUGAGAGUUUCUGGGUCCCAGACCAGAAUCAAGAGUCUGGAGCAGAAACUAGAAAGUGACUUCUAUACUGGCCUUUUCCGCUGGGAUGAAGUCCAUCAGAAUGACGUAUCUGGGCUACUGAAAAGAUUCAUAAGAGAGCUGCCUGCCCCGCUGCUGACAGCAGAGUAUCUUCCUGCUUUUGCUGCUGUACAAAAUAUUCCAGACCUGAAGCAAAGAUUGCAAGCCCUAAACCUCCUUAUCCUGAUUCUGCCAGAGCCCAACAGAAACACUUUAAAGGCUCUACUGGAAUUUCUCAGCAAAGUGGUUGCCAGGGAGAACAACAACAAGAUGAACCUCUGGAACGUGUCCACAGUCAUGGCCCCGAACCUCUUCAUGCACAAGGGGCUGCCGAACAAGAUCCCCGAAGGGAAGGAGAAACAGCUGGCAGAGGGGGCGGCUGACGUUGUGCGGAUGAUGAUCCAUUACCAGGAUCUGCUCUGGACAGUCUCCUCCUUUUUGGUAGCUCAAGUCAGAAAACUGAAUGAGAGCAAUAGCAAAAGGUACCAGUUCUGUGACAAGCGAAUAAAAAAUUUGUUGCGGAAGAUCCAUGCUGAUAAAGACAAGGUGGAAAAGAACCAGGCAGAGCCUUGCAAGAUCGUGAAAGUCCACGCUUCUCUCCUCCUGAAAGACUCGCUGGAGGUGCAUUUGAACAACGCGACCAGAGUUGCUGAUGUCUUGAAGCAGUUUCAGAAGAACCUGUGUCAGAAUGGCUGGAACAUUGUUAACACCGUCAGCCUCCUCAAAUGUAACAACUCUACAGAGUCUACAAACCUGCUCUUGUAUGAAGUGGGAGGCAAUAUCGGUGAGCACUGCCUGGACCCAGACACUUAUCUCUUAGACUUGUACCAUAUCAAUCCCCAUGCUGAAUGGAUAAUUAAGCAAAACCCAUCUUAUCCUCGGAUGUUCUAAAGAAAGCAUGAGCAAAACAAAGCAUUUGGAUUUGGAAGGCAAGUUUUUGGACGGCAAAAGAACACUAUAGAGAUGUUCCUGGUAUAGUCACAGACUAGACAAUGUUUUCCUCUUUGAAGGAAAAAGAGCUUUAUUUGCUAUUUCUGUAACAGCUGGCUGUGAGAGUACACCAGCCUACGUGUUAACAGCAGAGUUGGUAACCAGCAGAAAUUAUCAUUAAGUAGCAGAAUUUGCCAGGGAUGUGAUUAUUUUGAAAAAGCAAAACAAAACAUCCCCCCCAAAAAACUGUGCAAACAAAGCUACAGGAAUUGGGCAAUAAGGAUGGAAGGUGAGAGGAGAAACUUCUCCUUGAAAAUGGUAGAACACAUCUGUUUCUUCUGGAUUUGCUCUUUCUUUUGAUCACCUCCACAUUUUGGAGAAGAGACAGCUGAAUGCUGCAGCAGUAAUGGCAUCCUUUUGGUAAGAUCCACUACUGACUGUCGCACAUUACCAGAAGAAGUUGUGAGCUGGAGUUUCACUCUUAAGAUGCUGCAAUUUUCUCUGAAGAAGGAAAAAGGAUGCGUGUAAAAGGCCAGAUGUGAUGUGAAGCUGACAUCUUAUAUGUAAGGAGUGCAGUCAAAUACACACAGGCAACACAUACGGGAAAAUCGUUUUUGCUGGAAACAGUAUGGGAUGGAUAGAAACCUUUCAGGUGGACAGUUCGAUAAGAGGUGCCUGUCCCAUACAGGUCCUGCUGGCAAUGCACAAAUGUGCAGGUUACCAUUGAUGAGGAGAAGGCAAGCAUUUUUUUGCUGGACGAUUAUUUUUACAAAACCUAUAUAAGAAGGGAUAACUGAGGAAAUGUUCUAAAAUUAAUUUGAGGUUGGUAGUCUGACCUGGCCACACAAAUGAAAUUUCUUUCUGGAAGGCUCUGUGCGAACAUGUCCGUUUAAAAACAAACAAAAAAAACCCCUGAGAUAUGCAGUGGCUGAAAUAAGGAGGUCUGUGCCUUUGUCUAUCUGCUCACUCCAGUGGGUACCGAAUUGAGCCUCUUCCCACUCUGCCAGCCCGUCCUCGUCCCGCAGGGCGCAGCGCGAGUGCCGGGGUCUGCGAAGCGCCGAGGGCAGAGCAGGACACUUGCACCUCGCCGGGCUGCGUAAGCAGCAUAUGACUGCGCCCGGAUUAGACUGCGGCUGUGAGGAGCAGCGCGGAAGCCUCACUGUCCUCUGCGGCGAUGCUGAAAUACCUCACGCGAGGGAACCUGCUAUGCAGUUCUGGGAUGGAACAGGCAGCGCUGCUGAAAAUCCUGACAUCGUUUUUAUACUGUUUUUAAACACUGUCGGAUAUUUAUUCGUGUGGCAGAAGCAGGGCUGCCCUGCGAGUGUAUACUCAAAGUAUUUCAUUUGCCAAGUCCUAGCUGAACUAGUGACAAUUUCCAGUAUUAUUUUGUUUGUUUAACUGAAUUUGUUUCCGUUGCAGUCUGAUCUUUGUCUCCUCCGUUUUUUUUCCCAUGCUAAUAUGUAGCUAUCCCUCUCCGCUAUCUUGGAGUCAUAAUGCUGUUUUGUAAGAGCACUUCAUGCUGUGGUCUGUCUAUCUUUGUGGUUAAAUUCUCUGGGUGAUUAAGGUCCUUGAGAAGCAGGUGAGCCACGGUUGUCGGUGUUCCUUCUGACCUGUUGUGAAUACUGUAUGUGUGAUGCUGACGUGUUAAAAUGUUGUGUAUAUUACAGUCUGUCUACGCUUUUGACUGUGAUAAUGCAGAUUCACUGAUGCAAGGGGUCAUCUUCAUAGCUGUCUUUUUCAGAGCCAUAAUAGCAACUUGAAGUGGGGGGGGGGGGGAAACCCACCCAAACUGCUAACCCAAAACCCCAAUGUCAAGACUUUUGGGGAUGCCUGUGUUUUAUAGGGCUAACAUUGUGCCUAAAAGGGCCUGACUGUUUUUGUUGAGAAUGGGUGUGCUGUGUCUCUCUAAAGAUCAAGCUGCUCUAAAACUGGGCAUUAAAAAUUGAAGGUACCUAUUCACUAAUCACUUCUGGAAAUCUUUGAUGCAGUGAUGCAGCUUAGCAAAGAGCAAGUGUCAGGAAUGUGAUACUCUAAGAAAUACCUAAUAUGCCAGAGUAUCAUUGGAAAAAAAACACUGGGAGAGAGAGAAGAAUCUAUUCCUGCUCAAAGAUGCUUUUUUGUGUUUUGCAGGGAUGAAAUUUAACUUGCAUAAUAUUGAAAUUGUCUCCACCCCUCAUAUGCUGGAUGCUAUUUUUUUUAACACACUGACCUCAGUACAUAGGAGGGGGAAAUGCUACAUUGCUGCUUCUGUAAACAACAAAUCUGAGGGGUUUUUUAAAACACCAAACAAUGUGAAUCAGUGCUGUGAAAAACAAUGCUGGUGGGAGAAUCUUCUAAGACAAGUAUCAGUUCUCCAUUUUGAAAGGAAAUGUAAAAAAAUCAUCUCUGUCCAGAAGGUGGAUAUGCUUUUUUUUAUUUUUGUCUUUCCUAACUUUGUACCAAAAAGCAAGGAUCAAUUUGGAACAAUGUCACUGAUGUGCAACCUGCUUUUGAAUGCUGGCUUUUAAUAACUGUUUUUUACAAAUUUUUAAUUCUCCAUUUAAGAUCCAUUUAAUCAAUGAAACAAUAAAAAAAAUCCAAUAAAA